UAGGCCUGCAAACCAUCCCUGGACCCAGCCAUGCAGCUGGCCGUGCUGUGCACUGUGUGUCUGCUGCCCGGCAGCCUGGCUCUGCCACUUCCCCCCGAGGCAGGAGGCGUGAGCGAGCCACAGUGGGAACAGGCGCAGAACUAUCUCAAGAGAUUUUAUCCAUACGACUCAAAAACAAGGGAUGCCAACAGUUUAAGAGCCAAACUCAAGGAGAUGCAAAAAUUCUUUCACCUGCCUAUAACUGGGAUGUUAAGCUCUGACAUCAUAAAAAUCAUUCAGAAGCCCAGAUGUGGAGUGCCAGAUGUUGCAGAAUACUCACUAUUCCCAAAUAGGCCAAAAUGGACUUCCAAAGUAGUCACCUACAGGGUCAUAUCAUAUACUCGAGACUUACCCCAUUUCAAAGUGAAUCAGCUAGUGGAAAAGGCCUUUGAAAUGUGGAGCAAAGAGAUCCCUCUGCAAUUCAGGAGAAUUAGAUUGGGAAUUGCUGAUAUCAUGAUUGGCUUUGCAAGAGGAGCUCACGGGGACGCCUACCCAUUUGAUGGACCAGGAAACAUACUGGCUCAUGCCUUCUCACCUGGACUAGGCCUAGGAGGAGAUGCCCACUUUGAUGAGGAUGAACGCUGGACUGAUGGUACCAGUAUAGGAAUUAACUUCCUGUAUGCUGUCACUCAUGAACUUGGCCAUUCUUUGGGCCUGGGUCAUUCGUCUGAUCCUAAUGCCGUGAUGUAUCCAACCUAUGAAGACAGAGAUGCCAAGGAUUUCAAACUUUCACAGGAUGAUAUCGAAGGAAUUCAGAAAUUAUAUGGUAAGAGAAGUGACUGAAGAAUUAGAAACUUCAGGGAGAACACACAUUCAUUCAUUGGAUUCUAUAUCAUUGUUCCUCAACCAGAAUUAAGGACCACUGUUCCUGCACUCCAUUUAGCACUUAUUUCAUCUUUCCUUCUAUUGUGGUUGACUUUUGCAUGUCUCUCUCCCUCUGGAGAUAAGCUCUUUUAUAGCACAAUUGUAUCUUAUUUAGCUAAGCAACUUAUACUUAGAAGAUGUCAAUGAAUGUUAAAGAAACAAAUAAAUAUAAUUUUCAUUUCAUAGUAAAAUGAUUUAUAUUUGGGAGCAC